GACGACUUGACCGGUACCCUCAGGCUACUCUCUUUCUACACGACCAUGAGUUCCCACGAUAACGAGGAACUUAUUGAACUUCAUCAGGAUAAGCACGAUGUCAUCCCUAAUGGCACAGCUCUAGCUGUUACUGUCAACGAGGCAGCGGCGUCGGCAGCAGACCGCGAGGGCGACAACAACACUGAGAGGAAAAUUUCCGGCUUCAGGGAUUUCGUGCUGAGCCCUGAACUCCUGAAAGAGGUCAUAGACAAGGGCUUGGACUUCGAGGUUCCGACCGUAGCUCGGGCUUUUCUAAGAAGGCACGGUCUCGGUCAGUCAGGACACGAGCACUGAGAAGUUGUCAGAGUGACUUGGGAAAGGCUUCUUUGAUGGUCACCUUAUGGUCACCAACUCGUCAGGUACAUUGCAAAGACUUGCAUAUCUAGCGCUCCGUCGAAUUGGUACAACGUUGCUUGCAUUGUUGAUGUAUCAACUUCUUUGAAUGAGACAAAGUUGGCCUGCGGAACUC